CCGGGAGACAUGACUUCCAAGCCGCAUUCCGACUGGAUCCCCUACAGUGUCUUAGAUGAUGAGGGCAGCAACCUGAGGCAGCAGAAGCUGGACCGGCAGCGGGCCCUGCUGGAGCAGAAGCAGAAGAAGAAGCGCCAGGAGCCCCUGAUGGUGCAGGCCAACGCGGACGGGCGGCCCCGGAGCCGGCGGACCCGGCAGUCGGAGGAACAGGCACCCCUGGUGGAGUCCUACCUCAGCAGCAGCGGCAGCACCAGCUACCAAGUUCAAGAGGCCGACUCACUUACCAGUGCGCAGCUGGGAGCCGCCCGCCCAACAGCACCAGCCUCAGCCAAGAGAACCAAGGCAGCAGCUGCAGCGGGGGGCCAGGGCGGGGCCUCUAGGAAGGAGAAGCAGGGGAAGCACAAAGGCACCAGCGGGCCAGCUGCACUGGCAGAAGACAAGUCUGAGGCCCAAGACCCGGUGCGGAUCCUGACUGUGGGCCAGUCAGACCACGCUCAGGACACCGGGGAGACGGCAGCCGGCGGGGGCACACGGCCCAGCGGGCAGGACCUCCGUGCCACGAUGCAGAGGAAGGGUGUCUCUAGCAGCAUGAGCUUUGAAGAGGAAGAGGAUGAGGAUGAAAAUAGCUCCAGCUCCUCCCAGCUAAACAGUACCACCCGCCCCAGCUCUGCUACUAGCGGGAAGUCCGUCAGGGAGGCAGCCUCGGCCCCCAGCCCGACAGCCCCGGGACCCUCGGCGGAUGUCGAGGUCCAGGAUCUUGAGGAGUUUGCACUGAGGCCAGCCCCCCAGGGUAUCACCAUCAAGUGCCGCAUCACGCGGGACAAGAAGGGGAUGGACCGGGGCAUGUACCCCACCUACUUCUUGCACCUGGACCGCGAGGAUGGGAAGAAGGUGUUCCUUUUGGCGGGAAGGAAGAGAAAGAAGAGUAAAACUUCCAAUUACCUCAUCUCUGUGGACCCAACAGACUUGUCUCGAGGAGGGGACAGCUACAUCGGGAAACUGCGGUCCAACCUCAUGGGCACUAAGUUCACCGUUUAUGACAAUGGAGUCAACCCUCAGAAGGCAUCCUCCUCCUCUACUUUGGAAAGUGGAGCCUUGCGUCAGGAGUUGGCAGCUGUGUGCUACGAGACAAACGUCUUAGGUUUCAAGGGGCCGCGGAAGAUGAGUGUGAUUGUCCCAGGCAUGAACAUGGUUCAUGAGAGAGUCUCCAUCCGGCCGCGAAACGAGCACGAGACGCUGCUAGCACGCUGGCAGAGUAAGAACACGGAGAGCAUCAUCGAGCUGCAAAACAAGACCCCUGUCUGGAAUGACGACACGCAGUCCUACGUACUCAACUUCCAUGGACGCGUCACACAGGCCUCCGUGAAGAACUUCCAGAUCAUCCAUGGCAAUGACCCGGACUACAUUGUGAUGCAGUUUGGCCGUGUGGCAGAGGAUGUGUUCACCAUGGAUUACAACUACCCACUGUGCGCGCUGCAGGCCUUUGCCAUCGCCCUGUCCAGCUUCGACAGCAAGCUGGCCUGCGAGUAGAGGGCCCCCCUGUGCCCUUUGGGGUUGCCCAGCCUGGAGUGGAGCUGCCUGCCUGCAGAGACAGCCCUGCUUACCCUCUCUCUGUACAUAGGCCUCCCGCCAGAUGAACCUUCAGCUCUCAGUGGCGCCCUGGCCCAGCCGGCUC